AUGGCGCGUCAUUGGCGAGGGACGAUGAUGGCGGCGGUCGGUGCACCAGAAGUGAUCACACAGCUGGAGAGCGCUGCCAAAGUUUUAAUGGCACCGCCGUCCAUGGUCAACACCGAACAGAGGCAGCAUGCUGAACACGUGUUCCUCUCCUUCAGGAAAUCCAAAUCGCCCUUUGCCAUCUGCAAACACAUCUUAGAGACCAGUAAGGUGGACUAUGUGUUGUUCCAGGCAGCCACAGCCAUCAUGGAGGCUGUGGUCCGGGAGUGGAUCCUUCUGGAGAAGAGCAGCAUUGAGUCUCUGCGGACAUUCCUCUUGACCUACGUCUUACAGAGACCAAAUCUUCAGAAGUACGUCCGGGAGCAGAUCCUGCUGGCGGUGGCCGUCAUCGUGAAGCGGGGAUUUCUGGACAAAUCUAUCAACUGUAAAAGCAUUUUUCUUGAAGUUGGACAGCUCAUCAGCAGCGGGAACCCAACAGUGCAAACACUGGCCUGCUCUAUCUUGACAGCCCUUCUUAGUGAGUUUUCCAGCUCCAGUAAAACAAGCAGCAUCGGCCUCAGCAUGGAAUUCCAUGGCAGUUGCAAGCGUCUGUUUCAGGAGGAGAGCCUGCGUCAGAUCUUCAUGUUGACGAUGGAGGUGCUGCAGGAGUUCAGCCGCAGAGAAAACCUCAACGCUCAAAUGUCCUCGGUCUUCCAGCGCUACCUGGCUCUGGCCAACCAGGUCCUCAGCUGGAACUUCCUGCCGCCAAAUCUGGGGCGACACUACAUCGCCAUGUUCGAGGCAACACAGAACGUCACACUCAAGCCCACGGACUCCUGGAGGGAAGCUCUGCUGGACACCAGAGUCAUGGACCUCUUCUUCACGGUGCACAGGAAGAUUCGGGAGGACUCAGACAUGGCCCAGGACUCCCUGCAGUGUCUGGCCCAGCUGGCGUCCAUGCACGGGCCCAUCUUCCCUGACGAGAGCGCUCAGGUCUCCUACCUGGCUCACCUGGUGGAGGGUCUGCUCAGCAUGAUCAACGGGAUUGAGAUCGAGGACUCGGAGGCAGUUGGCAUCUCCAAUAUCAUCUCUAAUCUGAUCACCAUGUUCCCCAGAAGUAUUUUAACAGCGCUGCCCAGCGAACUCUUCACAUCCUUUAUCAACUGCCUCACUUUGCUCACCUGCUCAUUUGGACGCAGCGCCGCCCUGGAGGAAGUGCUGGACAAAGACGAUAUGAUCUACAUGGAGGCCUAUGACAAACUGCUGGAGUCCUGGUUGACGCUUGUCCAAGACAAUGAGCAUUUUCCUCGGGGCUGUUUCGUCCAGCCUGCGGUCCAGGUCUUCAACUCCUACAUUCAGUGUCACCUGGCAGCUCCAGACGGCACACGGAACCUGUCAGUAAAUGGCAUCUCUUCUCAUGAUGAGGAAGAGAUCAACGAGCUGCAGGAGGACGACAGAGAGCUGUUCUCAGACCAGCUGUCCAGCAUCGGCAUGCUGGGUCGUGUGGCAGCGGACCACUGCAUCCCUCUGCUCACGAGUUUGUUAGAGGACAGAGUGACACGGCUGCACGGUCAACUCCAGAGGACACAACAGCACCUCAUGUCCUCUACUGACCCUGCAUCAAUGGACAGAAAAGUACUGGACGACCUAUAUGAGGACAUCCACUGGCUUAUACUGGUCUCAGGGUAUCUGUUAGCAGACGAUGCUCAGGGUGAAACUCCCAUAAUCCCCUCAGAGGUGAUGGAGUUCUCCAUAAAGGUGGACAUCAACACGGCGCGGCAGAUACUGGGAUCACCGGGGGAGAAGGCCUCAUCUAUACCAGGCUUUAACCACACAGACUCGGUCAUCAGGUUACUGUCCGCUGUGUUGCGAGCAUCAGAAGUCGAAUCCAGGGCGAGCAGAGCCAGCCUCACAGAACUGCUGAGUCCACAGAUGGGAAAAGACAUCAUGUGGUUCCUCCGACGCUGGGCCAAGACCUACCUGCUGGUGGAUGAGAAGCUCUAUGAACAGAUCAGCAUUCCACUCAGCACAGCGUUUGGUGUGGACACAGAGGGAGCCCAGUGGAUUGUGGGAUAUCUCUUGGAGAAGGUGGUCAACAAUCUGUCAGUGUGGAGCGCCGAGGUGGAGCUUUCCAACGACACGGUGGAGCUGUUGGUGACGUUGGUGGAGAAGAGGGAAAGGGCGAACAUCGUGGUCCAGUGUGAGAGCUGGUGGAAUCUGGCCAAACAGUUUGCCAGCAGGAGUCCGCCUCUCCAUCUCCUCUCCAGCUCUGUGCAGCGAACACUAAUGAAGGCUCUGGUGCUGGGGGGCUUUGCCCAUAUGGACACGGACACCAAACAGCAGUACUGGGCCGAGGUUCUUCAUCCUCUUCAGCAGCGUUUCCUCAACCUCAUAAACCAGGAGAACUUUGCUCAAAUAAGCCAGCAGGAGGCAGUCAAGCAGGAGAUCGUGGCCACACUGGAGGCUCUUUGUGGCAUCGCUGAGGCGACGCAGAUCGACAACGUGGCCUCGCUCUUCUCUUUCCUCAUGGACUUCCUGUCCAGCUGCAUCGGCCUCAUGGAGGUUUACAGCAACACGCCGGAGACGGUGAACCUCAUCAUUGAGGUUUUUGUGGAAGUAGCUCACAAACAGAUCUGUUACCUCGGAGAGACAAAAUCGAUGAAAUUGUACGAGGCCUGUCUGACACUGCUGCAGGUUUAUUCUAAAAACAAUCAGUGUAGAAAACGGAGCGACGCGGCAGCGGAGGAGGAUCAGUAUCAGGACCUUCUGCUGAUCAUGGAGCUUCUCACCAACCUGCUCUCCAAAGAGUUCAUCGACUUCAGUGACACAGAUGAAGUCUUCAGAAACCAGGACCAGGGAACUCCAGCCACCAACAGGACAGUAUCAGCAGCAGACGUCGUUCUGUUUGGUGUCAAUAUUGUCCUCCCUUUAAUGUCUCAGGAUCUGCUCAAGUUCCCCUCUUUGUGCAACCAGUAUUACAAGCUCAUCACCUUCAUAUGUGAGAUCUUUCCAGAGAAGAUCCCACAGCUUCCCGAAGAACUCUUCAAGAGUCUCAUGUACUCCCUGGAGUUGGGAAUGACCUCAAUGGGCUCAGAGAUCAGUCAGUUGUGUUUGGAGGCUCUGUCUCCUCUGGCUGAACAGUGCGCCAAAAACCAGGAGAAGGACACGCCCCUCUUCGUUGCCACACGUCACUUCCUCAAACUGGUGUUCGACAUGCUGGUGCUGCAGAAACACAACACAGAGAUUACAGUGGCUGCAGGAGAAGCUCUGUACACCCUGGUGUGUCUGCAUCAAGCGGAGUACUCGGAGCUGGUGGAGACACUGCUCUCCUCGCAGAGAGACGCUGUCAUCUACCAGCGACUGGCUGACGCCUUCAACCAGCUGACGGCCAGCAGCACGCCGCCCACCAUGGAUCGCAAACAGAAGGUGGCGUUUCUCAAGAGCCUGGAGGAGUUUGUGGCCAACGUUGGAGGAUUGUUGUGUGUAAAAUAACCACUGGAAACCGACACUGCCUCCAAAACACGCUUUAAGGACAACUUACUACAUCCCCGACUCCACUCGCAUGUUUCCCAAUGAACUAUGGGUAAAAGAGAUAGUUCUGCACCUGAGUGGGUGAGAAAAAAAAAACAUCUCAUGCUUGAAUGUUGACUCUUUCUCAGUCUUCAGUUUUUGUCCUCCUAAAACAUCUCUCCCAUCAUGCCCCCCCACCAGCGUGGUUGACAGACCUGGGGAUGACGAUGAAGAUGAAGGUAAAGCGAAGAAUGAACUGCAGAGCAGAUAGAUUUGUCUGAACACUUUCUCUACUGUUAGACUGAAGCGCUGGCUCAAUGAUGACAGGGGGCGAAGCUCAGACAGACGGUGACAAAUGUCCUGACCUUUACGCACACACACACACACAACACGCGCACACGCAAGAAGUCGUUUGCAGGUUUGACCAAUCUACAGCAAACUCAGUGCAGGGUUGUGUUGUGUGCAGUGUCGUUUCAUCACAUCUGUGUGAAGGUUGCUGUUAUUGGAAAUUGGUACGGGUGCCUCUGUGGCCCACACUUUAUACAAACUGGAUGAACACACACCCACUCGCGCACACUGUUUUCCCAGUCCCUUUUCAAACGAGUGCCUUUGCUUUGUUGAUUGUCGUUAGUGUGUGUGAAGUGUGUGUUAUACCAUCGACUGUGGCUGUUGUUGACAAACUCACAGUUUCCAACGCACGCACACACAUUUGAAACAUUACCAUGACAUGGAAAUGUGUAACCUGGUCCAGAUGAACUACAGAGCACAGGGAGGUCUU